UGAAAUGUAAUAACAAUUUUAAUGAACAAACUUGGGGUCAAAAUUUCUUUGUAGCACCACCUCAAGAAAGUAUAAAUAUGAUAUCUCAAGAAAGUAAGGAUGUGAAAUUUCAGGAAAGUAGAGACAUGGAAUUUCAGAAAAGUAAGGACAUGGAAUUUCAGGAAAGUAGGAACGUGGAAUUUCAGGAAAGUAGGAAUGUAGAUUAUCAAAAGAGUAUAAAUAAUAUAAAAUCUCAAGAAGGUAUGGAUAUGGAAUCUCAAUACGUAGAACCUCAAGGAAGUAUGGAUGUAAAAUCUCAAGAAGAUACACGUAUUAAGUUAUUAACAGAGAAUCAAUCACAAAAUAUUAGCAUUAGAAAUAGUGCAAUUAAUCUGAUUGGUCCAAAUUUAUAUAUCCAUAAUAAUAGUAGAAAUACUGCAGUAAAAACUCCACUUAAUACUCUUAUCAGUAAUUCUAAUGAAAUUGAUAAUAAUAUUUCAACUGGAUCAACUCAAGGCAUGAAGAAGAAUGUUACUAAACAGAAGUAUUUAUGUAAUAUGUGUGGGAACCCUGGUUAUAAUGCUUGA